GUCAAGAAUCAAGUCAAAUGUACAUUACAAUUAAUGUACAUGUGAAUUGCUAACCUCCACAUUAUCAUUAUAAAUAAAAUAUUUGUGAUUAUAAUAAUAAAAGUAACGUGAUUUAAGAUAUAACCAUGGGUAAAGUGCGGUCUGCACCGGGAGCGCCCCGGAAAGAGGGAUUUAACAAGUCUGGGCAUUCCAUGAAUCCUGAACGGCCCACCGAAGGCUUAAAAGGUGUUGGAAAACCACGUACAAAAGGUACUAUUAAAAGGCUUCAAAUGUAUAGAAAUUUUAAAGCUAAGAGGGACAAAACAGGAAAGAUAUUGACCCCGGCGCCGUUCCAAGGCUGGUUACCUUCAGGCACACAAGCUCGAGUUGAACCUAAUCAGAAAUGGUUUGGGAAUUCCAGAGUUAUUUCACAGAAUGCAUUACAAAAGUUUCAAGAUGAAUUUGGGGCAGCAGUUAAAAAUCCCUAUCAGGUUGUUAUGAAACCUACAAAUUUGCCCAUAACUUUAUUAAACGAGAAAGCUAAACAUGCUCGAGUACAUUUACUAGACACAGAAGGGUUUGAUAAAACAUUUGGACCAAAAAAACAAAGAAAACGUGUAAAUCUUAAAUUUAGUGAUUUACAAACUCUUUCUCAAGCAAUUGAAGAAAAUGCAGAAAAGUAUGAUGAAAGUAAAGAUGUUGACAGAGUUCGUGAAGACACUGGCAUAAAGGAUGGUCAGAGGGAAUGGAUUUUUGGUGCUGGAAUGAGUAGACGGAUUUGGAAUGAACUAUAUAAAGUUAUUGAUUCCUCAGAUGUAUUAUUGCAAGUGCUUGAUGCUCGUGAUCCUAUAGGUACAAGAAGCCCAUACGUGGAAAAGUUCCUUCGAGAAGAGAAGCCACAUAAACACCUUAUAUUUAUUUUAAACAAGGUAGAUUUAGUACCUAAUUGGGUAACUCAAAGGUGGGUAGCUAUAUUAAGUGCAGAGUAUCCUACAUUAGCCUUUCAUGCAUCUAUGACACAUCCAUUUGGUAAAGGGUCACUUAUAAAUUUAUUGCGUCAAUUUGCCAAGUUGCAUAUUGAUAAGAAACAAAUAAGUGUAGGACUUAUUGGUUAUCCCAAUGUUGGUAAAUCAUCUGUGAUCAAUACAUUAAGAGCAAAGAAAGUGUGCAAAGUUGCUCCUAUUGCUGGAGAAACCAAAGUCUGGCAAUAUAUUACAUUGAUGAGGAAGAUAUAUUUGAUUGAUUGUCCUGGUAUUGUUUAUCCUUCAGCUGAAACUGACACUGAGAAGGUUUUAAAAGGUGUGGUUAGAGUUGAAUUAGUUCAAAAUCCUGAAGAUUACAUUGAAGAUGUUGUUAAAAGAGUACGUAAAGAAUACAUGGUCAAAACCUAUAAAGUUGAUGGUUGGGAAACAUCAACAGAAUUCUUAGAAAAACUUGCUGCAAGAACUGGAAAACUAUUAAAAAAAGGUGAACCUGAUAUUAGCUCAGUCGCUAAAAUGGUACUUAAUGAUUGGCAAAGAGGAAAGCUACCAUUUUAUGUCGCACCUGAAGGAUUUGAAGUGCCUCUACCAAAACUUAAUAAAGAAGUUGACAAUGAAGUUAAAGAGACUGAUACUACAGAAAAAGAAGAAGAGAAAACUAGCGAUGAACCGAAUACAGAAGUGAAUGAUGUUGCAGAAACACAGGUUUUAACAGUUAAUAAACUAGUAAUUGCUCAAGAUUUUGCAAAGAUUAGAGUUGGUUUACAAUUUGACAAUGAAGAUGAUGUUAAACCAUUAGAUGAUGUGGAGAUUCCCGAAGAGCUUAAGGGCAUUGAUGAACAAAACAAUACUGGAGAUGUUGAUAAAAGCAAUAUUGACGACUCAUUAAAUGAUGAUAAUCCUGCCAAUAAUGAUGCAAAUGAUAGUGACUCAGAUAUUAGCAGUUUCUAUAGUAAUGAGGAAAUAGAAUGUAGUGAUGUUGAGGACUACCUGACACAUGAUGCAGAAACUGUUAAAGAAAUAAAGAAACAGAAGAUCCAGGCUGCUAGUGGUACAUUUACUAUUGAAGAAAUUCCCCCAAGUGGAAGGAAACGCAAGGCUAAUGAUGAAAAAGAAGCUAAGGCUAAAAUGACAGCAAAACAAAGAAGAGCUUUAGAGAGAGCUCAGAAGCGUACUAAAACAGGAAGCAACUUCUAUGAAGUAUCUAAUAUGUCAUCUGAAAGUGAAAGUGAUGAUGACUACGUACCAGUAGAACAAGAAAAACUAUCAGAAGAGGAAUCAGCCGAUGAGGAGACAGAACAACAAUAUGACAAUGAAGUUGAAACAAUUAAGAAAAAGCGGAAACGUGCAGCACCAUGUAAAGGAAAUAAGAGAUCAAAAGUAAGGGGACAAAAGAGUGACGAUGAAACUACUGUACUUGAAACUAAUAUUGCUAAGCCUGAAGAAGAGAAGAAAAGAGAAGAAGAUCUAUGGGCGCAGUUUCUAGAAGGUACAGACUCUAAACCAAAAUCUAAAACCGAAGAAAUUGUUACCCAGCCAGAAAAAGUUGUUCAAAAAGAUAGUAUAGAGAGCAAAAAAAGUGAAACAUCCAGUUCUCAAUCGGAUAAAGAACGGGAAAAGCGAAUUUUUGAAUUUGCAGGCGAAACAAUUGUAGUCGAAAAUAAUGUAAUAAAGGAAAGGGUAAAGACAGCAGAGAAACCAGCUUCAGUAUUGAACGACAGUCCAGCCCCCAAAGCGAGAAGUGCAGGUGGUCUCUCCAGUAUUGUUGGACAACUGAAUAAAAAAAACAAACUCUCUACUCUGGAAAAGUCCAAAUUAGAUUGGAAUACUUAUAAGAGAGAGGAGGGAAUCGAAGAGGAAAUCACAAGUCACAAUAAAGGAAAAUCUGGAUACUUGGAUCGACAAGACUUCUUAAGCAGAGCAGAUGUUAGACAGUAUGAGAUUGAACGGGACUUGCGCAUGAGUCGACGCAGUAACCGAUAAGAGAUUACAUACAUAUAUACCUAUUGAUACUCUCAAAUUUAAAAAUAAAGUGA